CAAAGCGAAGCGAACAACAUCCAAGGCCAAAUACAAAAGGCGAUCUUCGCAAUUUGUUUUGAACCUCGGGUACAAGGGCAAACAAAAUACGCACCGGCAUUUGAGGGAAAAGCCUUCCUUAGCGAAGGCGUCCUAAAAAUGUGGUGCCAUGACGACCGAGCCCUAUCCUGGCUUAAGGAACUUGUUCCCAAACUGACUUCCCCAAAGGUGGGAACAGGGCUCACAGUGAUACAACAAUCCGACAUACCGGUCAGGGUGAGGUCAGGGCUUUUUGUACCCGACUUCGAUGCGGAGAUUGGACACCUUUACGAAGUCCUCUCACUGCAAAACCCUUGGUACAACGUAUCGCUGUGGACCCUGUACAGCUACCAAAAGACCACCAGCAGCCCUCCUGGAGUAUUCCUAAUAUUAGGAAUACCCAAGGAAGAGCUACCCAACAUCCUAGCACGCGGCCGGAAAGUCGCCUAUUCCACGGGCUCGAUCUACAUACGCUUCUUCACGGACGAAGGGCUAAGCGACGUACCACCCGAACAGGAGGCAACGUCAGCAACACCUGGGCCAAGAAUGGAAGUAGACGAGCCAUGUGGAGUACGGGAAACGACACCAGAACCCUCCGUUGGCACUGUCCUCGACAACAUUGAGGCGCUGCUCACGGAGGGUCAGGCCGACCACCCGCAAAGAGCCAACACCAACACAGUAGACCCGACAGCCCCCGCCGCGAAACCACCGGCGCAGAGGGCACCAUAAUCAAAAUCGUCCAAACCAACCUCCAGCAUAAACACCUUGCGACGGCUACCCUUCGUAGACAGCUGGAGGUUGAAGCCGACACCGUCGCCCUGAUUCAGGAGCCAUGGGUCAGAGCCAACAACAUACGCGGAUUUGGAAACUGCAACGAGACAUGACAGCAGUCGUCAUAAAGAGUGGACUCCACCAAGGCAUGAACGCGACACCAAAACCGCUGGUGCUAGCGUCACUAUACAUGCCAAUUGAACAACAAAUACCACCAAAAGAACUAACAGACCUGAUAACACACUGCGAGGUGAAC